GACUUGUGCUUGAGAAGCGGAUGGGCUAAACACAUCAUGUCCUCUCCAUUCUGAGUGAUACUCCAGUAGCUGUGCCGCACAUUACUUUCCAGUACAUGAUUAGGCGAAGUCCUUCAAUGCCUGUCAGAGCAAGGGUGCCUCAUCAACUCACCGGCCAGAUACCUGGUUUUGGGGUGAACACAGAUCUCACCAUGCCAGCAGUGCCACCACACUACUCAAGAUGGCGACACAGCCAGCAGUGCUGCUGACCGUGCCAGUUUUUGACCGUCGCCUUACGCCCUGUCCACUCGCUCCUCGAACUAUGCCGCAUGCUCAUGCUCUUUAUCUCGGCGGUUUUGAACACUUUGUCCCCUCGGAGACUAGUUCUUUCGAAGACAUGUUCACUUGGAGAGUUUCUCUUACAAAAGCUUUGAUUUCCCAACCACCAACGACAGGAUCAAGAUGUCUUCUCUUGUGUCUCAUCUAGACCUGAUAGUCCCUCCCGAAAAAGCUACUCACACCCACAGCACUGGUCCUGAUACUACCUCGAACGCAGGAACGUUUGCUUACGCCACAAAUUCUGCAUUCCAGCGUUCGAUCUAUCAAAAGUGCGAACCGUACGUUCCAGAUUUGAAGGGUCUCAAAACCAUCACGGUAGUAGAUUAUGGAUGUGGUCCAGGACGAAAUUGGACCUACGGGCUAAAUUUACUUCUUUCGAGAGCCGAUGAGGACAUACAGUAUCAACUCGUACUCAACGAUGGAAUGAAAACCGAUUGGAAAGAGGUCGCACAGGUGGUGCAAGAUUAUCGUGCAGGGCAGUGUGGGCGUCAAAUUGGGCAUUUCGCUGUGUUACCCGGCACCUUCUACGAUCAGAUCAUGCCGGAUCGGACCGUCGAUAUUGGUAUGGCCUGGAGUUCGUUCCAUUGGCUUGAGAGAACACCGCCACCAAUGGACAUUCAACCCAAUGAGGACUAUUACACUGCUUGGCAAGCAAACAUCCGCUCGCAGGGCCUAGAAGACCUCACCAAACUUCUGUGCCUCCGUGCCAGAGAGAUCAAACCAGGGGGGCAUCUUCUGGUAGUCAUCCCAACAACUCCAGCUUCGAGCGUGAAAGUCUACUGGGAAGCCUUUCUGGAAGCUUUCAAACGCUGUCUUAAAGACGGCACCAUCACACCAGAACAAUGGCGAGCUUUCCGCGCACCAUUUUUCCAACCCACCGAAGAUGAUCUACGACAGAUCCUGACCACUGUGCGGGAUUUGUGGCAUCUGCCCAUACCGUGGGCGUACCACACGCUUGCCCAUCCCGCGUGGAAAACACUGCAAGAUUCUGAGAAGACUCAGCAAGACUACGAGGAGUACGUAGAUGGUAUCGCGGGGUUCUUCAUGGCACUGAUCCGCGAUGUUUUGGUGCGGGCAUUGAGAGGUGGCGAAGGGAUCAACUUAGAAUGCCCUGCGGCUAACGAACAGUCAAUCCUACAGCAGGUUACAACGAGGUUCAGAGAGGCCGUUCUGAGCGAGGAGUUGAGGAACAAGCGUCCUGAGAGUUGUUGGUUGGCCAUGCGGCUCGUCAGGAAACACGGGGUAAAUAUACUAGAGGCGAAAGCAAAUCUGUGAUGAGUUUGGUUUGGGCAAUUUUCUUUUUCUCUUUUUUUCAACGGAGAACAUCUGGCAGUCUCUCGCGCGAACGUCGCUGAAAUCACUGAUUAUGUCGGCAUGGGCCUCUUAUAUGAUUAUCCGGAGUUCUUUGCGAUACCAUAGCCGCAACUUCAAUAGUGGAAAGUAUCCCUAUGCCUCCAUGCUAUCACCU